AUGAGUUAUUCACUUGGAACCCCACCUCGUCGACUUUAUGGCGUUGUUGAUACAGGUAGCGAAAUGACCUGGAUCCAAUGUCGGCCUUGUAAGUCAUGUUACAACCAAACUAUACCCAUUUUCAAUCCUUCAAAAUUCAAAACCUACAAAAACCUUGCUUGCUCCUCCCCUUCGUGUAAAUUUGUGGUAGGUCCUACUUGCUCCUCUUCUAAUACUUGUGGAUAUGAAAUUGGAUAUGGUGAUGGGUCAAAGUCAAUAGGAGAUGUUGGUUUGGAUACUCUAACCUUGAAAUCCACAAAGGGCUCCUAUAUCUCAUUUCCUAGAACCUUGAUUGGUUGUGGACAUGAAAAUACGGGGUUGUAUGAUAGGAGAAUGACUGGCAUAGUUGGGCUUGGAGCUGGACCUGCAUCGCUUACAACUCAAUUGGGUUCUUCAAUUAAAGGGAAAUUCUCUUAUUGUUUGAUGCCCGUAUUUUCACCGUCUAAAAAUGUCUCAAGCAAACUUUAUUUUGGUGAUGCUGCUGUGGUUUCUGGUCAUGGGGCUGUCUCAACUCCCCUAAUCAAAGACACAGAAAAAUAUGGCGCUUACAUCCUGACUUUGGAAGCACUAACUGUGGGAAACAAGAGAAUAGAUUUUGGGAACUCAUCCUUUGGGUCUAGCAAACCAGUAAAUAUGAUAAUUGACUCAGGCACAACAUUAACAUUAUUGCGCGAAGACAUCUAUAACAAGUUGGAAUCAAUAGUGGCAGAGGUGAUAAAUUUGAAGCCUAUUAAGAGUCCUAUUAAAGAACUGAACCUUUGUUACAGGACCGCAAUAGACCCACCAACCCUUCCUGUGAUCACCGCAAAUUUUAGGGGUGCUAAUGUUACGUUACCACCUUUCAACACCUUUAUUCGACCCAGAGAUAAUGUUUUGUGCUUCGCUUUUGCCUCAUCUGGAGAUAUGGGAAUUAACAUCUUCGGGAUUAUAGUGCAAUGGAACUUUUUGGUAGGCUAUGACAUGCAUAAGAAAGUUGUCUCCUUUAAGCCCACAGAUUGUUUGAAGUUGUGA